CUUUCAAUUCAUUAUAUGAGAAAGCGUCGCCGAAAAACGUUCGGCGGUGCGGCCCUAGAGUGGCUGGAGCGGGAACGGGAACGGGAGCCAGAGAAAAACUACGAUUCCCAGGAGGCACCGGGAGGCCGGCGCGCGGCGGUGACGUCGCGGGGGCCGGCGCGAGGCGCUGAUUCGGCCGGAGCUGCCAGCGGGGUGCUACCGCCGCUGUUUGUUACAGCUGCUGAAGCAGCUGCGGCCCCUGUUCCCGGGCACCCCUCCCGGGCCCUCGACCUCCCGCUCCGCACGAGCAGCAGCGGAGAGGGGUGUCAGGAUGAAUGUGGGCACAGCACACAGCGAAGUGAACCCCAAUACGCGGGUGAUGAACAGCCGUGGCAUCUGGCUCUCCUAUGUGCUCGCCAUUGGGCUUCUUCAUGUUGUGCUGCUGAGCAUCCCCUUCGUGAGUGUCCCUGUCGUCUGGACCCUCACCAACCUCAUCCACAACAUGGGCAUGUACAUCUUCCUGCACACAGUGAAAGGGACACCCUUCGAGACCCCAGACCAGGGCAAAGCGAGGUUGCUGACCCACUGGGAGCAGAUGGACUACGGGGUCCAGUUCACGGCUUCUCGGAAGUUCUUGACCAUCACGCCCAUUGUGCUGUACUUCCUAACCAGCUUCUACACCAAGUACGACCAGAUCCAUUUCAUCCUCAACACUGUGUCUCUGAUGAGCGUUCUCAUCCCUAAGCUGCCCCAGCUCCAUGGAGUCCGCAUUUUUGGCAUCAAUAAGUACUGAGGGUGCAACCCCUUCCCCAGCCUGGGGUGGCAGGGGAGGGGUGGAAGGCGUUUGCUGUGAUUCUGAAGACAAGGAGCCUCUGGACACUGCCGGAGAUGGGGAUCACGCCUCUGGGCUAGUUCCCCCUUGCUUCCCCAGUAGCCGACUUGGAGUAGCUUGUAGUGGGUUGGGGUGGGCCCCUGGGCUCUAACCCAUUCUGAUUUUUUGAUUCUUUCCUUUUGCCUUUUGAAUAGACUCCAUGGGGUGGUCAUGGAAGGGCUGGGCUCCCGGGCUGAACAUGGACCUAGAUCUCCGGGGUUGGGACAGGAGGCAAGGGAGAAAUCCCUGCUUGCUUGUUUACCCUCAGGCAGCCAAAGCACUUUAACCCCUGUGAGGGAGCAGAGGAAGGUACGGCUUCUGGAUUGUUUCGUUUUGGUUCUUCAGGCUGUAGGAUGACAGUGUAUUUUUGUAUCUAUGGAAGCAAGUGUGUGACAGUACCUCACCCCUCUGGGUAGAGAGCUGUCUGAUCCUAGUCCCAGGCUUUUGGUGGCUCUCCCGCACCCUACUCUGGGUGCUGGAUGGGAGCGGGGAGGGUGAGGGGAGGUGGUGGUGGGGCAUACAUGGCCUGGUUCCGGAGGCAAAGGGCCAGGGCUUUGCCAUCUGGUCCCAGUGGAGGUUGGGGAGAGGGCAGUGGUGGGUAAGGGUGGGGUAGUGAUCUGAGUCUUAGAAGAACGGGCCUCAGCAGUAGUGGAGGUAUGUUGUAAAAGGGGAGUGGGCAGAAGCUAGUCCCACCUCCUCCUCACCCACAGAAUGGUCUUGGGGAGAGGUUAGGGAAGUGGCUCUGGGUUUGAAACUCCUGGACUGGCGUGAGGGGCGGACUUGGGUGGAAGAGGCUAUGUCAUUGUGAGCACAGGUACAGUUUGACACUGUCCUCUGGGUGUGAGGAAGCUGCAACAGAAACAGUGGACAGUGGGGCCCUUCCAUAGUCCCUCACCUUGUGACCUCCCUGUUCAGACUGGUGCCGUGCAGAGCCUUUUGAGGGACAGGUACACGUGGGGCUCUGAAGCCACCUCCACUUGGUGGUGGGCUGAAGGGUCAGGCAGGGUGGUGGCUGCAGCCACUGUUUCAAUCCAAGGAGGGAGACAGGUGGGGCUGGCUAGAGAGGAGGCGCCUUCUCCCCUCCCCAGUCCUACUGGGAGCAUGUUACAUUGAAAAGGUGUGGUGCCUGAGCCCUCUGCUGGGGGGCCUGAGGGAGGAGGAGAGUUCACUCAUCCUGUUUUUUGCCUCCUAUCCCAUCCCCACCCCAAGUAUCACAGGGAACUUUCACCUUAAAUCUUUCUAAGCAAAGUGUGAAUAGGAUUUUUACUCCCUUUGUACAGUAUUCUGAGAAACGCAAAUAAAGGGCAAUAUGUUCCUGUUU